UUGAAACAUGGCUUCUCUGUGGCUGUUCGUAAUAGUAGGGAUCAUUUCUAAAGUUAUAGCUCAAGAUCAAAUUCUAACACCGCAAAUGCUGGAAAUAUGUACCAAACUGACACAGCGUAUUGCCGAGGACAGUAAAACAAUCACUGAAUUGAGAAAACAGAAUCUGGAGUUACAAAGAAAAGUUAAUAUAAUGUGGACGUUUUACAGCCAGGAUUUGAAUAAUGAGACCGUUACCGAAUCUAAGGAAUCUACUGAUGAAACAACAACACGACUUACAGACCAGCUGAGUCAGACAGGACCGGGUGAUACCAUGGCGCGUGCCAAACGAGUCGGUAGCAGCAGUUUCGCUCCUACUCCGGGGUUCUUCGCUGUACUUAAAAGAAAACAAAUCGAUCCCAGUGAAAAUUUCGUCAUUCCUUUUGACCACGUUGUAACUAAUGUUGGUGGAAAUUUCAACUCUCAUGGUACCGGAGUGUUCCGCUGUGCUGUUCCCGGGACCUAUGUCUUCCACUGGACAAUAAGUGUGGGCGGACACCAAAUGGCAUUCGGUGUUCUUGUGAAGAAUGGUUCUCCGAUAUCUUUCGUAACUAGCGGGAGAGACGAAAACGAGUACUCUUCGGGAUCGGGAGUUGCAAUCAUCGAACUAGAUGUAGGGGAUGAUGUUCUUGUACGAGUGCAAGAUCCUAGAAAUUCUGCCGAUAUUACUGCAGAUUUUACCACAUUUUCUGGUUUUCUGUUGAAAUAGUGAACAUAUUGCCAUUUUAUAUUUAAUUGCAUAAAUACAAAGAAAUAUUUGUUCCAUCAUGAUAGCCAUUUCGUUCAUUUUGAAAAUUAGAACACAUCUAAGCAUUGGACUGCUUUCAGUUGGCAUUCAUAGGCAAUAUGAAUGCUAGCUAGACAAAGGCAAAUUCAAUGAAAUGCCUUUGUUCAGUUGGAAUUCGUUUUGUCUAUGAAUGCCAACUGAAAGCAGUUCAAUACUUAUAUUUACCAUUUUUGGAAACUGUUCAUCUCAUAGAAAAUUUAA